AUGGAAAGUACUUCCAGUGCUGGUAGUGAUGAUUCUCAUCGAGUAUGUGUCAUUCAUUUCGAGGGUAAAGACGGAGAGCUUAGAGAAUUGACAAGUGAAACCGUGAAUAGAAUUUUGGAAAGAAGAAAGGAGUGGUUAAGUCUGCCAUCCUCGUAUAAAGCCUUUACUGAAGUCGCCAAAAAGUCGUUCGAGUUUAUUCAUGAAACUGACGAUUUAAACCCGGAAAAUAUUGCGAAAACAUAUUGCUUUCAUCCUGCCUGUUAUCGAAGUUUUACAGACAAAAGUAAACUUGAUAGAGCCAAAACUACGUUGACUAAUGCUGCCGAUCGCAAGCGAGUGGCCGACGACAAUACUCAGACCAACUGUCCAAGACCAGAAAAAGUGACCCGAACUACUCGACAAUCUUUUCCUGCUCGAUCAUCAAAUGUUUUGCCCGAGAUUUGUCUAAUAUGUAAACGGCAUGGGCCGAUCUACAUCACAGACAAG